CAUUUUCAUCUUUUAAUUUAUUAGUUUAUUACUUUAUCAGCUCAUUUUUAUUAAAUAUUUAUUGAAUAUAUCUCAAACUAAGAAAUUGUGUAGGCUGAUCAUCUGCAAAAAUGGAUUAUUUUUUAUAACUAUGAAUAUACUGAUACAUAUGUGUAAAUGUACGUAAAAUGCGAGACAGUGAAGAAUUUAAAUUUGUAACUCGUCGAAAGAAACGUAUAUCUCAUGUUCGAAAUAUACGUCAUACAAGUACCUUUUUAACCACGAACGAUAUCGAUGAUGGUAGUCUGAACAUUAAUUACGAAACACUGACUGGAAAGCUGCUAGAAGCUGAAACUGAAGUGAGAAAUUCAUCGUUCGCUGACAAUGUUUUCUAUUAUUUGAAAGAUUCAUUAACCUCUUUAAAUAGCAGUGACAUUUCUGAUAUAUUGUGCUAUGGUUUGGGUCACUUUUCUAGUCACAGAUCUUCUAAAUAUCAAUUAGCAUUACUUUUAUCUUUGAAAAAGCAUUAUAACUCUCAAAUCCAUAUAUAUGAUCCAGUUUUUUCUUCUGAAGAAAUCAAGUUUUUGAAAUGGCUUGAUUUUAAUGUUAUAACAAUUAAUGAAGAAGGCAAACAUGUUAUACGUAAUAACAUUACAUUGGUAUACAUGCCACAUUGUUCUAUCCACUUAAUUAAUAAUUUCCUUUAUGCAAAUUGGUGUAAAAACUUAAAUAAGUGUAUCCUCUUGACGAAUAGUUUUUCAGUUGUUACGGAUAGUUUAAAAAAAACAAAUAGGUUCAGUCCUAUUGAUUAUAUUAUUCGCAUACAACCAUAUGUCACAGAAAUUACUUUAAGAAAUAAUUUUAUAUAUAAAGAAGUAUUCAAUGACUUAAGUAUUCAUACAUUUUUUGAACAUGACAUUAAUAAAAUUCCUGAAAAUUUUUGGAAUAUACGAGAAAAACCCUGCUAUCAGCAUGCAGAAAUUGAUUAUUUAACUGCUAAGGAAACUGAAGAAAUAGAUGCUAAGAAUUGUAACAAGCAAGAUGAAACCUAAUACAAAAUUGCUCCAUUCACUUGUACAAGAAAUUCGACGGUCAUCAUCUGAACAAAAAUCAAAAAAUAAUAUUAUGAUACAAUACAUUUUGGAGCAGGCACGAUCUCAUCGAGAAACGUCCGAAGUUUUGUGUAAAGCACGAGAAGAGCUGAAAAAUUUAGCAGAAACAUAUCUUUGUUAUCUAAAUUCUCAACGAGUAUGUAAA